GGAUUUCCUGUCCGAUGUGCAGCUGUAGCGGAGUUGAAGUGACACGUAAGAGGGGAGAUUGGAAAAGGCCCUGCAACUUUUUCUGCCGUGCAGAAUAAAACGCGAAUGAUAGUUUUGGUUAUGAAAGCAGCGUUUUGCUGGAACCCGAAGAAAUACCAAGUCGUGCACGAUUUCCAACAACCUCUUCAUUGCCAAAAUUGGAUCAGAGACUCUUUUUGUUGGGCUUUGCCACUUGUAAACUGGGACGGAUUCUCAGCGUCAGGAAAGAGCUAAAGUUACAGGAAUGCCUCUCAACAUCUGAUUACUGAGCCCUAACAUUCUCUGUCAUUGAAAAUAAACUGUGAACUGGAUUGUGUGCGUGUGUGUUUGCGGGGAAGCCCCCCGGAACUCUUCCAAAAGUGCUCGUUUUGGAGAAAAACGAGAAAGGAAAAAUGGGGAAUAGCAUGUGUUCCAGGAGACAGAAAAAGAUUUUUCAAACUUUGUUCUUCCUUACAAUAGUUUUUGGGUUUCUCUAUGGUCUCUUACUAUAUUAUGAAAUGCACAAUCAGUUAAAGAAGGCGGAGAAUCUGUCGUUAAAGUACCAGCAGCACCAGGAGGCUUUAUCCGCACAAUUGCAAGUUGUUUAUGAACAUAGAUCGAGAUUAGAAAAAUCAUUACAGAAAGAAAGAAAUGAACACAAAAAGGCUAAAGAAGAUUAUUUGGUUUAUAAGUUAGAAGCACAAGAAGCCUUGAACAAAGAAAAGCAGGAUUCCAAUAAUCGGUACAGUGCACUCAGUGUACAGCACAAAAUGCUGAAGAGUCAGCAUGAAGAUCUGAGGAAACAGUUUGCUGAACUACAUGGGGAACAUAUAAGGCUUGGAGAGGACCAUGGUCAAGCAAUGAAUGAGCACAAUCGACGAUAUUUGAAUCUGCAGCAAUCAAAGGAACAGGAAAUUGCUAAACUGAAAGAGAAUAUCUACAAUCUACUCGAUGAGAACAAAAAGUUGAGGAAGGCCCAUCAAGACGUUCAUGUUCAGCUUCAGGAUGUGAGGCAAUUACACAAGAACUUACUGUUGCAACAUGAUCAGCUCCAGGUGACUUUAGAAGACCACAAGAAUUCCCUCUCAGUUGCCCAGGCUCAAGUAGAAGAAUACAAGCAACUACGAGAGACACUAAACAAAAUGCCCAGCCUGAGGCAAACUGAGGAAAGGCCGCCUUCUCUCAAUGCGGAGAAAUCACACCAGGGAGACCAGGACCAGGGUCCGUAUAGGGCUGAAGAGGAACAGCAUGAUGAGAGAGAAGGUGGCUUGUCACAUGUUAAGCCAAUGAUAGAGGAGAAUGAGAUCACUAAAACAAGAGAAGAUAAUGAAGAAGAACUGGAGAAGCAAUAUCCUCAACAUGAAAACUGGCACAGGAAUCCACAGCCAGGGCAUUUAGAUAUGGACCCGGAUGAAAAUGACGGACAGGAGCAUCGUCAUGAGUGGGAUCAGGAGGAGAGAGAAGGUCACAUAGUGGAUCAGGCAAAAGCAAAUGGACAACAUCAAGAGGAAGAAGAAACUGAAAAUCAUCUGAAUGAGGAUCAUGAAGAUGGAAAUGACCACGGAGAAGAACAAAAUCUCUCCACAAACAGUCCUAAGGAGAAGAAAUACAGAUCCCUGUAUGAGGAACAGUUGGAACAGCAGCGUCUUGCAGAGCUGCGGGAAGAAGAAGCACGUAGACUGAAGGAGAGGCAGGAUGCGUUGCACCAGCAGAGACUGCGGGAGUACAUGGAUCGGCAGCAACGGCUCCAGCAAGAAGCAGAACACAAGGAAGAAUUGUUGCGCCAAGAACACUUAAGGCGGCAGUCGGAUUUCCGUGACGAUAAUGCUGCUACUGAAGCCGAAGAUGAGCAGGAUGUGCAAGAAGAGGAAGAGGCUGAUGAUGAGAACAAUCCACAUGAGGAAACUGAAGAUCGGGACCCAGAAAUUGUAAAUGACCAACGUCAAGCAGAACACAAAGCUCUCAAUCAGCAGAUUGAUCGAAAUCCUGAUCAGCAGGAGGAUAAUCAGGAUGAACAGUACCAGGAUGAGGGAGAGGAAGAGGCAGAUGAGAAGGAAGGGGAGGCAAAUGAACAGGAAGAAGAGUCAAUUGUUGAAGAUACCAACCAUGGAGAGGAGAGAGAGGAUGAAAAUUAUGAAGAAGAAGAGGAAGAAGAGGAGGACGGAGAAGCACUUGCGGCAAAGACAAAUCAACGGGCAGAAAUGUGACUUCGUUACAAUUGAUUUUUUUAUUGUUUUUGUUUCAUUACCCAAUUUAAGUCAAACAAGCCAGUCCUUUAUAUAUAUUUUCACGUAAAUAUAUUUAAUAUGGUGUUCUUUCAGGUUAAUUUAAAUUUGGAGAUAUUUAAAGGUGAUGUAUUAAGGCCUUUUAAUGUAAUAAAGACAUGGCAUUCAGAUUAUAUAUAAUUUAUAAAAGCUUCAAUUUGAAUGGAUGGUCCAUAACAAGUUCAUGGUAAGCUUUUUCAAAUAUUGAAGUGUGGAUCAUAUGUGAGGUUUUUUAUUCUGUGUGCUCUACAUGAGAUAAUUAUUUUGAAGCAAAGCCAAUUAUACUUAAGCAACAAUUGAAAACUUCUGGUUAACCCAUCUUAUUUUCACCAGAUAUGAUAUUUAGCAACCUUAUGGUAUUUGUUAAUUGUUAUACAUUGGAGAUGAAAAGGCAUCUUCUGCACUGUGCAUAGUGGGUAGGUGAUGAUUAUGUGCAAUAGUAUAAAAUUGGUAAUAUUAUUUUAUUCUUCUGAUGCCUAAUCCAAUAGUCAGUUAAUAAACAAGAAAGAUAUUAAAUGGGAAGUAGAUACAUGAUAAAACAUUUUACCCUUUCACAGAAAAGAAAAUGUAUGUCACUGUAUUUAGAAUGGUUGGUUAAAGUUAACAUUGACUAUUUAACUCUUUAUAAGCCACAGAACAAAAAUACAGGUCCAUUCCUUGUAUGAAUCGUAAUCUUAGUUUGUCCAUAUUAUUCUGCUGGAAAGUGACUUUCCAAUCAAUAAAUAUUUACAGUUGUCCUCCCCUUUACAAAGGCGGAGCGUUCCUAUGAAACCUAUGAAAUGGCACAAAGCAAAGAACCAUUCAUUUAUAUGGGAAAAUUUUUUGUAAAAGUGAAGAUCCUCUUUGUAAUGCGAAAACAGGUUAAUAAUGUAGGUCUUUUGUAAAAGCAAAGUGGAGUAAAGUGAGCAUUCAUAAAGCAGGGGACACCUGUAUUAAGUAUUAAGAAACUCAUGCACAAAGACUUCAAGAACACACAGUAUAUACUACAGGAAUUCAGCAAGUUCCAGUGUCUAGAGAGGGGAGUAAACAGUCAACAGUCUUCAUUAUGACUUAUAUUCAAUGAAUUAUCCUGUAUAUCUUUCACAUAUUUUCUAGAAGGAGGUAUGUGGCAUUUAUAGAAGUAUUUUGAAAAUUAAUGACACUAACUUGACAAUCAAUCAAUAAGCUUUAAUAUCACAAAUAUGGUAGUAAGGGAGUUUGUAAGAUAGGAGAAUAGGAUUAUUUAAAACUAAACCAUGAAUUAUAUCAAGUUUCAAUUUGAAGCUUUUAAAAUUAAGCUGCAGAAUUAUGCUUCUCAAUACCUAGAUGGCAGAAAUGUCAAUAAAUGCAGAGGGUUUGCUUUUCCUUAUGGUUUUCAAUAAGCUUUGAGAAGCAUUCAUAUUUGCAUUGAAUCAACAAAUACUUGUUUGUGUCAUUGAAACAAAGCAAUGGAUAUUUUCAAUGUGAGUGUUGUAAGAACAAGGUCACAGUUCCAUGAUAUUUACAAGAUAGUAAAUGGCCAAAUGAACGAGCAGGCUUGUGCCUGUGUUACAUUUCAUAUAAGCCUCUUCCCUGAAAUGCAUCAAUGACAGCCACCUCAAAUAAUUUUUCUCCUUGCAAAUUCCACGUUCUAACUACUUUCCAUAGUAAAGAUUCCUUCUAAUAUCCGUAUUAGACAGACAAUAGACAGUAGGUGCAGGAGUAGGUCUUUUGGCCCUUCUAGCCAGCACCACCAUUCACUGUGAUCAUGGCUGAUCGUACACGAUCAGUACCCCUUUGAUGCCCUCUCCCCAUAUCCCUUGACCCCGCUAUCUAUAAGAGCUCUAUCUAACUCUCUCUUGAAUGCAUCCAGAGACUUGGCCUCCACUGCCUUCUGGGGCAGAGCAUUCCACAUAUCCACCGCUCUCUGGGUGAAAAAGUUUUUCCGCAUCUCUGUUCUAAAUGGCCUACCCCUUAUUCUUAAACUGUGGCCUCUAGUUCUGGACUCACCCAUCAGCAGGAACAUGCUUCCUGCCUCCAGUGUGUCCAAUCCCUUAAUAAUCUUAUAUGUUUCAAUCAGAUCCCUUCUCAUCCUUCUAAAUUCCAGUGUAUACAAGCCCAGUCGCUCCAAUCUUUCAACAUAUGACAGUCCCGCCAUUCCGGGAAUUAACCUUGUGAACGUAUGCUGCACUCCUUCAAUAGCAAGAAUGUCCUUCCUCAAAUUUGGAGACCAGAACUGCACACAAUACUCCAGGUGGGGUCUCACCAGGGCCCUGUACAGCUGCAGAAGGACCUCUUUACUCCUAUACUCAAUUCCUCUUGUUAUAAAAGCCAGCAUGCCAUUAGCUUUCUUCACUGCCUGCUGUACCUGUAUGCUUGCUUUCAUUGACUGAUGUACAAGAACACCUAGAUCUUGUUGUGCUUCCCCUUUUCCUAACUUGACUCCAUUUAGAUAGUAAUCUACUUUUGUUCUUGCCACCAAAGUUGUUAACCUCACAUUUAUCCACUUUAAACUGCAUCUACUAUACAUUUGCCCAUUCACCCAACCUGUCCAAGUCGCCCUGCAUUCUCAUAACAUCCUGACAUUUCACACUGUCACCCAGCUUUGUGUCAUCAGCAAAAUUGCUAAUGUUACUUUUAAUCCCUUCAUCUAAAUCAUUAAUGUAUAUUGUAGACAGCUGCGGUACCAGCACUGAACCUUGCAGUAACCCACUGGUCACAGCCUGCCAUUCUGAAAGGGACCCGUUAAUCACUACUCUUUGUUUCCUGUCAGCCAGCCAAUUUUCAAUCCAUGUCAGUACUCUGCCCCCAAUACCAUGUGCCCUAAUUUUGCCCACUAAUCUUCUAUGUGGGACUUUAUCAAAAGCUUUCUGGAAGUCCAGGUACAUUACAUCCACUCGCUCUCCCUUGUCCAUUUUCAUAGUUAAAUCCUCAAAAAACUCCAGAAGAUUAGUCAAGCAUGAUUUUCCCUUUAUAAAACCAUGCUGACUCAGACUGAUCCUUCUACUGCUAUCCAAAUGUGUCGUAAUUUCCUCUUUUAUAAUUGACUCCAGCAUCUUUCCCACCACUGAUGUCAGGCUAACUGGUCUAUAAUUCCCUGUUUUCUCUCUCUCUCACCUUUCUUGCAAAGUGGGACAAUAUUAGCCACCCUCCAAUCAGCAGGAACUGUUCCUGAAUCUAUAGAACAUUGGAAAAUAAUACCAAUGCAUCCAUGAUUUCUUGAGCCACCUCUUUAAGUACCCUGGGAUGCAGACCAUCAGGACCCGGGGACUUAUUAGCCUUCAGACCCAACAGUCUAUCCAGCACCGUUUCUUGCCUAAUAUAAUUUUCCUUCAGUUCGUCCUUUACCCUACUUCCUUUGGCCACUAUUACAUUUGGGAGAUUGUUUGUGUCUUCCCUAGUGAAGACAGAUCCAAAGUACCUGUUCAACUCAUCUGCCAUUUCCUUGUUCCCCAUAAUAAAUUCACCCGUUUCUGUCUUCAAUGGCCCAAUUUUGGUCUUAACUAUUUUUUUGCUAUUCACAUACCUAAAGAAGCUUUUACUAUCCUCCUUUAUAUUCUUGGCUAGUUUACCUUCGUACCUCAUUUUUUCUUGGUGUAUUGCCUUUUUUGUUAUCUUCUGUUGCUCUUUAAAAGCUUCCCAGUCCUUCAGUUUCCCGCUCAUCUUUGCUAUGUUAUACUUCUUCUCUUUUAUUUUUAUACCAUUCUUGACUUCCCAUGUCAGCCACGGCUGCCCCUUACUCCCCUUAGGAUCUUUCUUCCUCUUUGGAAUGAACCAAUCCUGCACCUUCUGCAUUAUUCCCAGAAAUACCUGUGAUUUUUGUUCCACUGUUUUCCCUGCUAGGGUAUUGUUCCAUUGAACUUUGGCCAGCUCCUCCCUCAUAGCUCCAUAGUUCCCUUUAUUCAACUGUAAUACUGACACAUCUGAUUUUCCCUUCUCCUUCUCAAAUUGUAGGUUAAAACAUAUCAUAUUAUGGUCACUACCUCCUAAUGGUUCUACCUCGAGGUCCCUGACCAAAUCCGGUUCAUUGCACAACACUAAAUCUAGAAUUGCCUUCUCCCUGGUAGGCUCCAGUACAAGCUGUUCUAAGAACACUCCACAAACUCCCUUUCUUGGGGUCCAGUACCAUUCUGAUUCUCCCAGUCUACCUGCAUGUUGAAAUCCCCCAUGACAACUGUAUCAUUACCUUUGCGACAUGCCAAUUUUAACUCUUCAUUCAACUUACACCCUACAUCCAGACUGCUGUUUGGGGGCCUGUAGAUAACUCCCAUUAGGGUCUUUCUACCCUUAGAAUUUUAAAAAUUAUUCAUAAAAAUAAAAUUAUUCAUUUUAUUCAAUGGCGAACUUUUAUCCUUGACCUCUGACUCUGCUCACCCCAUUGUGGAACUAUCAGCUCAGAUGUUAUCUUGUAGCACACUAGUUAUGUGCUCUUCACAGCAUAUUGUUUUCACAAGCUCUUCAUACAAAGUGCCACAUUAGGGAAUGUCUUUAAAUUAGAGGCUGUUCCUACGUAUAUAAGUACAGUGCGUACCUGCAUGGAGGACACAUAAUAGGCUUAGUCACCUGAAAUGCUCUGAUAUCACUAAAUAUUGGUUUGCACAUAUGAGACCUUCCUGAAGAAGGCCUUAGCUGGAAGAUUAAAUUCAGCUUUCUAAAGAUGGUCUAAUUUUAUUUAAUUGACUGAAGAGGAAACAAAGGUUCUUUCAGGUAAGACUGCCCCUGUUUUCACUGAAAAAAUUUCUGCCCUCCAUGCCUUCUUGAUUGACCACUGACACCCAGUUGCCUGUUUGAAUCAUCUCUGAACCCAGCCCAAACAUAAAUGACUGCAGCCUGAUUCCUCAACCACUCUAUCCCUCUCUCUAUACAUCCCUUGGCCCAAUGUUCUUCUUUAUACUCAUGUCCGUUCUAUCACAAACAAAUUCAGCCAGGCUGUUAACCCCUCUAUUCGCAAGUAAACUGUCUCUGCUAUACAACAUGUACAAAUCGAUAUGUGUUGCUCUUUUUACAUCAACUCAUCAAAUGUAGAAAAAAGAUCUGGUCCAUCUUCUCUGCCUCUACUUUCAAAGUAUUUCAUAAUUGGAACGGUCAUUAGUCUUCUCUCUUUAGAAACCUUUUUUUUAAUUGAUAUACAUUGCAGAAUAGGCAUUUCUAGCCAUUCAAGCUGCACUGCCCAUCAAACCCCAAUUAAGUCCUCACCUAACCAUGGGACAAUUUAUAAUGGUUAAUUAACCUAACAACCGGUACAUCUUUGGACUGUGGGAAGAAACCAGAGCACCCGGAGGAAACCCAUGCAGAAACUCCUUACAGGCAGUGGCUGGAAUUGAACCCAGAGCAGCUGCACCGAAGCUACCAUGCUGCCCACUACCCUGGGUUGUAUUGCAUUUUAUUAAAGCAAGGAAUGCUGUGAAUACUUGGCAGGCUCUAAUAAUCAUCUUUAACCUCUGCUUCUGUUCUGUGACAUCAUUUCAGUAACAUAUCCCUCAACUCCACAUCUUUUGACUUACUGAUGAAUCUAUUGUGUGAUGCCUUAACAAAGGCCCUUUUGGAAUCUCAAAUAUGUAUAUUACUAUUUAAUCAUCUCCAAAUAAUAAAAUGAUUUUCUUAAAUAUGACCUACCCUUUUGAAAUGUUUGUGGGUUAUUCCAUUGCAUAUUAAAUUGCAUGAUGUUUCUUACAUUUUUGAGUCAUUAAUUUCCAGCCACCAAUGGUAAGCUGUUUGAUAGUAAGAUACAUUUGAUAAUUUAUGAUAAAUUGGAAUAACCAAAUGAAACACUAUUCACUUAAAAUAUGAAUUAAGUGCACAAUAGGACAGUUAUUGUUCUAUUGUUGAUGAUAUCAUUAUUUUCCUUUAUAUUUUUUGCUUUGGUAGGUUGGCUCUUAAUUUUAAUAUUAACAGCCCAAUUUUUAUUAAUAGCAAUAGAUCUAGUCUGAUAUGUGCUACAUAAUAAUUUGCCAUUUUAGUAUAAUACCAAAGUCGUAUUGCUGUUAUAAAAUAUAUGCAAACAUUUCCAACCAAAUGGAGGCAUAGAUGUUUGUUCAUUUAUCGCUUUUUAUAUUUUGUACUUUGGGAAAUCGGGGGUUGAGGUUAGGGUGCAGCUAGAGGCAUUUAUGCCAAGAACUUUACAUAUAGAUUUUUGCUAGGAUUUGUAUCUUUACUGAUAGCAAUUUUCUUGUAGCCAGGUACAUGGAAGAGCACCUGCUUCCUGAAUUUUAUAUCAGUGUAAAGUGUACAGUAUAUUAUGUAAAUACUUAUGCUGAUCAACAAAAAUGGAAGUGUAUAUGGUAAAAUCCUAAGAUUUCUAAAAAUUAAGAGAUGAUGUGAAUUUUCUUGUCAUCAUUAAACUGGAUGAGUGAGCUAUGCUCUGUAUUAUCUGCAUAUUUUGUAAUUGAAGCAUAAAUCUUAGAUUCAUUUAUC